GACAGAUCAGGGACUGAGACAGAGACUGAGGCAACCUUGGGGUAGUGUAAUAAACUGCCUCUUGUAUGAUGUUCAUGUUUUCUGCUGUCUAUGCUACAGAGGUGAACUCUUUAAACACACCAUAAUUCCUUCAACCUUCUUUAAAAUGUCUGCAUAAAGACAGCCAGUGUGAAACUGCCACAGGACAUCCUAGCCAGGCAAGUGUGUGUGUAUGUGUAUGUGUAUGUGUAUGUGUAUGUGUGUGUGUGUGUGUGUGUGUGUGUGUGUGUGUGUGUGUGUGUGUGUGUGUGUGUGUGUGUGUGUACAUAUAUGUAUCCAUUAUAGUAUUUGAUGCAUUGAAAAUAUGGAAGAAAGUUCACAGGCCUGCAGUUAUUGUGUGAACUUCUGUUUCCCCAAAUAUGAACUGUAAGUCUCGCAGGCGGAUUAUGCUUUAGCAAAUGUACACUUACAUGAUUUACUAAAUCCUCUUCAAACAAAGGAAGUCAGCUUGCUGUUAAAUUGCUUCAGUUUAAAGGGGAAGUUGGAAUUGCAUGGGCUGUUCUUUCAGCUCGUAUUCACAAACUCAUGACCCAUUGAAGGAUCCCAUUGCUGCACUCUCUGGGCUCAAUUGAGGAUGGGGGUCACAGCAGCCUUGUCUGGGAAGAAGCUGAUGGCCAACUUCUCACUGAGUGUCUUCUUUCUCACAGGUGCAUUGGCUGAUUGUCCUCAUGUCACAAACCUCCACGUCUCUACACCUCAGGAGAUGGAAGCACUGAGUGGAUCUUGUUUACAAAUCCCGUGUAACUUUAGCGCUAUAACAGAAGAGGAAUUAGGCCAGAGAGAAAUCUUUGGGGUUUGGAUUAAAAAUAAUCCCUAUUUUGGCAGAAGACCUGAAAACGUGGUUUAUAACAGUAGUGGGACGGUCAAAAUCUAUCCAAUGAACAUCACCGGAAACCUCCGACAGAAACAAUGCACCACUUUAUUUUCUCAUAUAAACUCAACACAUGAAGAUGUAUACUACUUCAGAAUUGACUUUGGUGUAUUCAAGGCAACGGCUUUAUGUGAUCCUCCUCGAAUAACAGUGAGAGACUCCCCUCACAGACCGAGCAUGGAGAUCCCAGGAGACCUGAAGGAGGAGGAGUCUGUCACUAUAACCUGCUCAGCUCUCACUCCCUGUCCACACUCUCCUCCUAAACUCACCUGGAGUCUCCAAAGUGACUCUCUCAACAACAUGGAGGAAAACACAGAUGGAACCUUUACAACUCAAAUCCAGGAGAGCAUCACUCUGUCAGAGCACCAUGAUGGAUACAACAUCACCUGUUCUGCCACAUAUCCUGUGAAUGAAGGCAGAGAUGUGAGGACAGCAGAGGAGACAAAGACUCUCAGUGUUUCAUAUGCUCCUAAAAACACCUCAGUGUCCAUCAGUCCAUCAGGUUUGGUGUCAGCAGGUACCCUGGUUAACCUGACCUGCUCCAGCAGAGCCAAGCCUCCUGUCAGCAGGUUCACCUGGUUCAGGAUCAGCAACAACAGACCUGUGAUGGUAUCUGAAGGAGAGUCUUACAGCCUUAAUGUGACUGAAGGAGGAGUUUAUUACUGCGUGGCCACAAGUGAUCUUGGUAAUCAGACGUCUUCAAGUAUUCAUCUCAAUAUUGAAGAACCAGCUGGUGGAUCUAGCAGUGGAGCACUUCUGGGAGGAAUCAUUGGGAGCGUCUUACUCAUCUGCCUGAUUGUUGGAAUAAUUCUUGCUCUCACUUUAUGGGGUCGGUUUAAAUCAGCUCAUUCAUCUCAAGAGAGUCUGAGCCAAAACACUACAGAGCUGGCAGUUGUAGAGCCAAAAAAACAAAUGGAAGACGAAGAGGGCAUCCAUUAUGGAGAGAUUGACUUCUCCAAGCAGAGACCUUCCUCUGAUCAAGUGCAGGACAGUGGACAGCAGCAGGAGACGGUGUAUGCACAGGUCAAAGGUUCUGGCUCCAGAGAAGCUACAGACGGCCCUGAAGAACUCUACGCUCAAGUGAAGAAAGAUUAACUGUUGUUUCAUUUUGUUUCUGUUGUUUGUUGUAUUGUUUGUCUGUCGUUUUAUUGUACUUGCAGCGCUUUGCACCUGCCAUGUGAGAAACGCAAUUUCAUUCAGCUGUAUACAAGCUAUCCAGAUGAAUGACAGUAACGUUUGAGUUGAAUUGAUUAAACACUGGAAAGAAAACUUGAGUAGAAUACAUUUGGAUUUACUUUUA